AUGUCAACUGCUGUUGUACUGAAAAGAAAUCAUCGUAAUUAAAAAGGUUCAAAGCACAUGAUCUCAGAAUGGAGAAGACCGUCUGGAUGGUCCUGACCCUGUUCGUGGCGUCUACUCUCGCCGAUUUCACCAGCAACUGUCCACAAGAAUGUAAAUGCGUUUGGGCGAGCGGUAACAAGCAGGCUGACUGCUCACAUUCCCAUCUACAAGACAUACCUAAAAACUUAAGUUCAGAGAUACAAAACCUCGAUCUAACAGGGAACGAACUGUACGAGGUCACCAGACAUGCCUUCCAAGAUGUCGGCCUAAUAAACUUAAAGAAACUCAUACUGAAAGAGUGCAAACUUAUCACUAUACAAAGAAAUGGCCUAAGUGGACUUGCCAUUAUGAUUGAACUAGAUUUAUCCAAGAACGACUUGAAGAUGUUACACGCUGACACAUUCAGAGAGACAGCGAAGAUAAGAUGGAUCCUUCUAAACGAUAACCAGUUAGAAAAAUUAGAAGAUGGUCUGUUCAAUAAUUUGCCAUUCUUACAAAAAGUAGAUCUUAGCAACAAUAAAAUAUUGCAAGUUGGAAUGAAGACGUUUAUGAACGUACCGAAACUAAACAUCCUCAGACUAGAUGGAAACAAAUUGGAAUACUUAAAAAUAGACACAUUAAGCGCCUUAACAUCGCUAUCAAAUUUAGACGUCCACGACAAUCCAUGGCGCUGCGACUGCUAUCUCCAGCCUUUCAGAAACUGGGUGAUCAGCAAAAACUUCUACACUUCACCAAUAUCCUGUGUAGAGCCACCAAAAGUACAUGGAAAGCUGUGGAAGGAGCUGGACUCCAGUGACUUUGCCUGCAAACCAAGUAUUGUGUACCCAUCUGCUAGUACUACCUUACGUACAUCAGACAAUAAUGUCACCCUCGCUUGCCAAGUCAACGGCAACCCUUUACCAGAAGUCAACUGGGUGCUAAACGCUCAAAUCAUAGACGGUGCUUAUAGAUACCAAGGGGAACUCAAAUACUACAUUGUUCAAACUAAUUAUGAGAACAGCAAAUGGGUUAAUCUGACUAUCGUUGAUGUAGGUACUACUGACAAUGGAGAGUACUUAUGUGUUGCGAAAAACCCUGGCGGGGUUGAAGAGAGGAGUCUAACAUUAGCAGUGACUCAAACCCCUCCCGGUAUAGUGGUCCCAACUGGUAUGGAUAACAACAUGUUACCAGUUUUGAUAGGUCUCUCGUGCACUGCUGCGAUCUUUUUAAUCAUCCUUGUGAUAAUCUGCUACUGCUGCUGUAGAAAACGAGGUUCUGAUAAGAAGAAACAGGCGAAUUCGAACGGGGAAGCUUUGAUUGAAGGCUCCGUGAUACCUGAGAUGGAGAAGAGUUUGAUCACUGCUGUGAAUCCAGUGACGAAACCUCCGAGGAGGUACGACGCGCCGCCAUCGAUAACGAGCGGAGCGACAGAAAUGUCUGAACUGAAUAAAACAUUGCUGGACAAUGAUUCUGUUUUUGCUCACAACGAAGACGAAAAACGAUCUCUCGGCUACGACCACUUAAUGAAACAAUCGCAGGAUGCUCUUAACGUAGAAUAUGGCCGCACCGACGGACGAGCUUAUCCUCCGGAUCUGCUCUCGUUCCCUCCGAGAGCUGCCCAAAUCUCGCCGGCGGCCAGCAACGCGUCCACCGUCCCGGACACCACUAGACUACCACCGCAGUUAAAUCCUAUCAGUCCGAUACAUUCUCCCAUUUAUGGCACAGCGAACCAAAACCUGUUUAGAACACUGCCAUAUUCGCGCUCUCAGUCCCCCUUCACAGCGCCCAUCACUCCUCCCGUCGUUACUCCUAGGCAGGGAUACGUUACCAUCCCUCGAAGACCUAGAGUCCCCAGCUGGUCGAGUACAGCAAGUACGGCAAUCCUACCAAGCUCCGAAGCACAGGAACCCCUGUAUGAUAAUCUUGGACUCCGAACUACAGCCGAUGGCAGCUCAGUGCUAUCUUUGAACAAAGCGGGCUUAGAAACUCAAUUUUCUCCUAUGAGGAACCGGCCCUUACCUGCCACACCAACAGCCUAUCCCAACAGUCCACACCAAGUUUUCUACGCACCUAUAGAGGAACAGGAACCAGCACCAUCACCAGUUCCUCCUCAACUCAACCCUCGAAACAGUAUUUGCUCGCAAAUGUCGAAUCAACUGUCCACUCCGGGGCCACAAGAACCAAUCAACCCAAGAAUGAGCUGGACUGCGAAAAACACUUCGACUCCUCAACCUGAGCCAAGGAAAGUCUUGUUCAGCGACAAUAAAAGCGAUUCACAAUCACACGUGUCAGACAGCAGUACUCUUAGUCGAAGAGGCAAGCCAGAGACCGGGUCGCUCAGAAGAAUCCCAAGAGUCGACAGCAAGGAGGAGCCGAGCUCUCCAUCCAAAGAUGAAAUCAAGAAGAACGACAGUACACUGAACCAGUCGGGGACUUUGGGCAGGAGUGGAAAGAUCCCGCCACGACCACCGCCGAAGCCGAAGAAAAAGCCGAGUACAGAAGUGAAUCCAAACGAGCCGCUGUUUGAGGACGAGGGGGAGGAUGGUACGGAGGUGUAAAAAAUUAGACUAAAGGUUUACCAAAGUGCCAAUGAGCUUUUAGUGAGAUGAGAGACCUACACGGUAACAGUGAAAAGACGGGAUAAUACAAUUAAUUUUUCCGCGGUGCUCUUGUAAAUAGACGUUUGUGCUAGAUUUUUUACUUGUCGCGUAAAUUUAUGGACCAUUUCUAAUAAUGUCAUAGUAACGCAAUUGGAUUUCGCGUACACUGUUGAUUUUAAGUAUUUAUUGUUUGUGGUACUCUUUUGUUAGGACGGAUGGUAACUGAAUGAUGCUAAUUAAUUUAGCGAGGAUUUUCAUCAAUUUCCAAGACUGAUUAUUAAUCUAAAUUGACACGCUUUUGUGGUUUGUUAACAGUUUCAAGUAGAUUUCUUUUAGUGAAUUAAUGAUCAUCAAUUAUUUAAGUUGAACAAUUCUUGAUUUAGUGCUCGAAAUUAUCUCUCAUAUCAUAAAUUAUAAGUAGUUAUGGCUAUGAAAUUCCAUUACAUUUUUACAUUCCCGAAUCUAGGAUUGGUUCUCAAAAUUCCGCUUGAGACUGUGGACUUACCUACAUUUAUUUGACAUUCCGAAAGCAUUCUGUAGCAGCAUCCACACAUUGCUAGAAUGAUAUUCACAUAGAUUAUGGAAGACUGAGGCAAUCCGCUUUUCUGCUGUUGAUCACGUCAAUAGUUUUGUUAAGCUUUAUGUGUUUGUUUAGAUCUAUGUUUCGUGUUUGUGUUGCACAUUUUCCUUCCACUUCAUGUACGCUUUUGUUUUCAUGACGAGAAAUGAAUAUGAACACUAGAACACGUACUUAUCGUGAUAUUGCUUUGAUUUUGUUUCAAAAGUGACCUUUGGUUUGAAUGUUUAGAACUCAUUUUGCAUUAAUUCUACGAAAGAAACAACUUUAGUUAGACCUUGUUAUUGGUCGCUCAGUCGGAACAAUUAUCGGUAUGUACUUUUUUUAGAAGACAGUCAAUCAUUGGAAAUCUUUUUUAUUCCUCUGUGCAACUCUUAUAUUUACGUGUGUCAAUUUUGUUAUUUUUGUGUACAAAGCUUUUGUGUUGUCUGCAAUAUAAGCUUCCAUUGCCGAAGUUUUCUCUAUUCACCCAUUCACCAUUAGUUAUAUUGUACCAGUAGCGAGACACAAAAUAUUCAUGUUUAGUUUGUAUUCGAUAAAAUGUGCAACGCAACGCGUGCAGCCACCGUCUACUAAAAUAUUUAACUUUGUAUUCUCUAAGUUAACAACAUUUUAGUUUUUAGCCCGAGGCUGUUUCUGCUAACAUUUUAUAUAUUCCCAUCCAUUCGUAGAAGAAUCAGUGGUAAAAUCUUCCGUUACCAUAAAGGAUUGAAUUUGUUUUUAAUUGAAAUAAGCAAGAUGUUGCUUUAAUUUUAGCCUUGUAAGAAAUGUAUUAUGAAAUUGAUAUCAACUUGUGCAGCGCCUGUAAUAGAAACACUGAAGCUUAGUCUAUCUUUAAAUUGUAGAGUUUUAAAAUAGGACGCGUAGGCUCAUGUUAAUCAUUCCCUUGCAUAAUUUCUUUCCUACAAGAGCCAAUCUAAAUCUCUGACUCCCGACUUCUUAAGUCCCUUACCGCCAUUUAAUUCUGAUCAACGUGAUGACUGAGAGUACAGGUAUCGGAGAUUUCAGUAGCCUCUUGACAUAAUGGUUAAUAAACUUGUGUAAAUGCAAAUCUUUUUCGCUAGACUAUUGCCACUUGAUAGCGACAUCUAGCGUCGGUUCCCUACAAUUUAGAGUUACACUAAGCUAAUUUCAAUUUACGAGAAAUAGUUCCUAAACGUUUUAAACCAUGUGUUAGCUUAUAUUAGUAGCUAAUUUAUCAAGUUAUGAUUUAAGUAUUUGCUUAUAUUCUGGUGCAUAUUUUUAUAUACAUUUUAUUAUGUGUCUAUUUAUUUUUUUAAUUGUAUACCAUGGUCUCUUACUUAAAAAUGCUUUAGGGUGAUUUUUUUAUUUGAUACCUAUUUUCAUAAUGGGUGCUAUUUUUUAACCAUUUGAGUAAAAUCAUUUGUGAAUGAUUUUAUUUUUCAUGCAAAUAUCAAGUCGUGUUCAUCGUACUAUCCCUAAUUUGUAUGACAGAAAAAAUCUUGGAAUAUUUUAAGAAAACUUAUGACCGAAUAUUAAAUCAGCAAGUCGUUGUUCAGUAUGUUCGUCUCGACCACUUCAAAUAUGUAAGACGGAUAGACAUUGAAAAAAGUUUAAAAUUUAAACUGAAUACAGAAGGUAUUCGCUGGUUAAACAUAUUGAUCAAGCAUAUUUAAGUAGGAGGCAAGUUUUAAUUUAGUUAAACAAGUACAUGACAACGUUGUAUUUUGAUGAAAUGUUGUAAUUUUGUUAGUGAACUAUAAUCACGCACUUAGCAGCUAGGGCGUGUACAGAAUCAAUGGUUUUAUUGUAAUCAUGGUGUUUUUAUUCAAUAAAAUGUUUUAAUUUUAAAUGCAAUCAUGAUUUUAAAAGCUAAAGGUGGCAUAACACUACAUUGUGCCAGGAACCAAGAUCUAGUAACGUGUUAUAAGAAUAGAGCAGUAAGGGUCCCAAAACGGUCCCUAGAGAGUCUCUAAAAGAUAAGAUAGAUUUGCCAUGUUAAUAUGUGCUUUAUGUCGACUCAAUAAGGUUCAAAUCUCUCUCAAUCUUCAGGGACUUAGCUAAUUCACUUAAAAUCUCUGAUGCAGUGUAGUGUUACCGCUACAAUGUUUUGUUUUAACGUAUGCGUCCUUUGUACAAAUCAAAUGUUUCACAAAUUAAUUAACUAGUUCUUUAGGAACGCGUUUAGUUCAAAACGCUGUUUGAUUUAUAGUUAGUUUGUGCUGCCCAACCGUCUCGCAUUAUUCCAUUUUUUAUUUGUAAAUUGUACUACGUACAAUAUUUUUACAAUGUUUACUGUAGAAAUCCAGUUUUUAUAGUUUUAAGCUAAUGUAAAUAGAAACAUUAUUAAAAGUGAUUAAAGCUAUAUUUAAUA